AUGCCCCCUAACAUUCCUAGGAUUAACCACCUUGCUUAUGCUGAUGAUAUUGUUAUGUUCUGUAGUGGUGGUUCUACUUCUAUCAAACUGGUCAUGAAUGUUAUUGAUAACUAUGAAAGAAGUUCUGGUCAGCUAGUUAAUAGGGACAAAAAUUACUUAUUAAUUGCUCCUAAUACUGCUGCCACUAGAAUUAACAGGAUUAGAAAAUGCACUGGCUUUAUGGAUAAGAACUUUCCUUUUACUUAUCUAGGUUGUCCAUUGUAUGUGGGUAGGAAAAAGAUUGACUUUUUUGAUAACAUGAUUAGCAAAAUUGUGAAAAGGCUUAAUGGCUGGCAAGGCAAAAUGCUUUCUCAUGGGGGUAAAGCUACUCUAAUUAAGAGUGUUCUUUAG